AUGACCGCAUUAGACGAAUGUCACGCACGUGGAUUCCUGCACAAAGCCCUGGGCAACUGCAACGAUAUCAAGCGCGACGUCAACAAGUGCCUGUCGCAAGAACGGUAUGCGCGCGCAAAGCGGAAUCGCGAUCAGGCGCGGGAGAACCGGAAACGGAUCGAGAAGAUCUGGGCGGACGAGAAGGCUGCGGAGCAAGGGGAGAAAUAG